CGGCCGCAGAGCAUUGUGGGUGUUGUGGUGCGCGCCCUGGCGCGAGCACCGGGCGCAGCGGGGUCCGGGGCUUCGCUGCCAAGCCCUAUUCUUUCUGCCCACGGUAACAGGGUAACACGGCUAGUUGGUGCUGUGAGUGUCGCCCCUAGCCAUGAGUGUUGCCUGGACCCUUCUCUGGCCCAGCGGACCUCCGGGUGCCUCCUCGGGUUGGGGCAGAACAGCUUGGACACCGCACGCGCUCUGGCACGUUGCUGCGAUGGAGCAUGCAGGAGCUCUGCGAAUGCGUCGCUUGGGCAGGAAAGGGCGGGCGGGGAGCCCCGCCCACCCAUGCGCCUGUGUGGUCCCUGACGCCCUGCCUGUCCUAUGCCGACUCUUGUUCGCCUCCUGCGCGCCUGAAGCUCUAGGCCAUGGGGGGCCUGGACAGCAUGGUGCCCUCUGGCCAGGUGGUGGAGAAGCCAGUGACUCCGGAGGCUGGGCUGGGUCACGAGCUGAAGUCCCGGUGGUUCCUGGUAUCCUUCCUCUGCUUCUAUGGUUUCGUGGCCCAGAUGCGGCCCGGGGAGAGCUUCAUCACGCCCUACCUCCUCAGCCCCGAGAAGAACUUCACACAGAAGCAGAUCACCAACGAGAUCACGCCGGUGCUGUCCUACUCCUACAUGGCGGUGCUGGUGCCCAUCUUCCUGCUGACCGACUACGUGCGCUACAAGCCGGUGCUGGUGCUACAGGGCCUGAGCUACGUGUCCGUGUGGCUGCUGCUUCUGCUGGGCACGACGGUCCUGCACAUGCAGUUCCUGGAGUUUUUCUACAGCAUCACCAUGGCCGCUCGCAUCGCCUACUCCCCCUACAUCUUCUCGCUCGUGCAGCCUGUGCACUACCAGCGCAUGGCCGGCUACUCGCGGGCGGCCGUGCUGCUGGGCGUCUUCAGCAGCUCGGUGCUGGGCCAGCUGCUCGUCACCGUGGGCGGAGUCUCCUUCACCAGGCUCAACUACAUCUCGCUGGGCUUCCUCGUCUUCAGCCUGGUCGUCGCGCUCUUCCUGAAGCGCCCGAAGCGCAGCCUCUUCUUCAACCGCAGCGAGCCCGGGAGCGGCGCGGCCUCGCCCUCCGAGGUGGACCACAUGCACCCGGGCCCCCGGCCGCCCGGCCGCAGGAAGCUCGGGCCGCUGCGGGCGGCCUGGCGGGACUGCGUCCUGCUGCGCAUGCUCCGCGAGCUGGGGGCCAGCCUGCAGGGGCCGCGGCUGCGCCUCUGGAGCCUCUGGUGGGUCUUUAACUCGACCGGCUACUACCUCAUCACGUACUACGCGCACAUCCUGUGGGCCGUGGUCCACUCCACCCCCGACUCCACGGCGGUCUACAACGGCGGGGUGGACGCCGCCGCCACGCUGCUGAGUGCCAUCACCUCCUUUGCCGCGGGCUUCGUGGAGAUCCGCUGGGCCCUGUGGGCGGAGCUGGUCAUCGGGAUCGUGACGGCGGUGCAGGCCGGGCUGGUCUUCCUCUUGUCCAGCACGAGCAGCAUCUGGCUGUGCUAUGCGGCCGUCGUGCUCUUCCGUGGCUUUUACCAGUUCCUCGUGCCCAUCGCCACUUUUCAGAUUGCGUCUUCUCUCUCCAAAGAGCUCUGUGCCCUGGUCUUUGGAGUCAACACGUUGCUUGCCACCAUCCUGAAUACCAUCAUCACCCUCAUUGUCUCCGACAAGCGGGGCCUGGGCCUCUCAGUCCAUUCACAGUUCCUCGUCUACUUCGUGUACUUCCUGGUGCUGUCUGUUGCCUACUUGGGGGCCGCGCUCAGGAGCCUGUGGCACUUCCAAAGGGGCCGCCACCAGUCCCUGCCCCUGUCCCAGGAGCUGGGGAGCCCCUUGGAGGAGAAGGCCACCCAGGCGCUGAGCAUACAGGAUGGGGACCUCCACAGCUUGCAGCCUGAAGCCCCGCCACUGAUCCCCGAGGAUAGGACGCAGCCCUUCGGACUAGCCGCCAGGGAGCAGAGCCAGCAGCCCGAGGCCAAGGCAUGACCCGCCUGACACCAGAGGCAACCUGCCAUUGGUCCUCCAACAUCCCCCUCACUGAGCUUGGGGCCUUCACAUCUCAGGGGACAUCUCAGACUGUCACGUCCCUGGCAAGCUGCCCGUCAUCUUGGAGUCAGCAAGCUAGGUUGAACGGCAUUGUUGGAAUUCCAAUGUUCAGAUUAUGGAACCAAUGACCAGUGGGGCAGGCCCCUGUGUGGUCUGUCCCCGUGCAACACACCUCGGGGGCCACAAACGUCAGCCCGAGCCCUGUGCCCCUCAGGUUUCAUGUUCUGACAGUACCUGUACCCUGCUGGGGAAACUCCAGCAGCUGCUGGGCCACUGUGGGCUACUGUGUCCCCUGCCUACACGUGCCCACCAGGCCUUCACCCCCCUUGGAAGGCAGAUCCUACUUGUCCUUGGGGACCAGUGAGGUGGCCCCAGAUGCCAACCCAGGGAACACCAGCCCCUGCAGAGUGUGAUGGACCCUGUAGGGAGGGUGGAGGUGGGAGCCCGGAU